AUGUGGCAGCGAGACUGGUCACCGCCGCACGCACAGCUGGCCGGCGCUUCGGAUUUCAGCACCCAGCACGCCCAAGGUGGUGGGUACCAGGCUGGUACUGUAGUGCUGCACCUCCAUGUUCGCCACGGCGGCCACUACCUGCCUGCCACCCUUGCCACCUUGGCACUUUGCACAUCACCACUGCCGCACCGCCAGCCUGUCCACGAUCGUGACGUAGCACUGAGGGCGUUAAGCUAUCUGAUCCCAACACAGGACGAAGCGCCCGGGGAGGACUCCGUCUGUGAUUGA